CUGGACCCAACCAUAUAUAUAUAUAUAUAAAACCAUCAGAAUUUCUUCCUUCCCAGCUUGGAAACCACCAUUAUAUAUUAGCCCUUUUCGCUUCUCAACAAUCCCAUUAAUUUCACAUUGUAUCAAUCUUCUUUUUUAGCCAACAAAUAAUAAAAAGAAAAAAGAAACUCUCUUUGUAUCUCUCUAUAUAUAGAAAUCAGGAGUCACUGUGCACCAUCCCCUCCUUCCAUACAAAACUUCGUAUUUAUUAAAAAAAAUAUCUGUCUCAUCAGUAUAUAAAGCAGUCCCAGUACUAGGUCUCAGAAUAAUUAUUAUACGAUGUGGGAAAGGAGAAAAGAAAAAGCUUUGGUGACUUUAAUGGUGGCUUUUGGUUUGUUCCAAACUUGCUUCUCCGACAUUAACAGAGCAAGUUUUCCUAAUGGCUUUGUUUUUGGUACGGCUUCCUCUGCUUUCCAGUAUGAAGGAGCAGUAAAAGAAGACGGAAGGGGACCUUCUGUUUGGGACACUUUUUCACAUAAAUUUGGUAAGAUAAAUGAUGGGAGUAACGCCGAUGUUGCUCUGGAUCAGUACCACCGUUAUAAUGAAGAUGUGGAACUAAUGAAGAACAUGGGAAUGGAUGCUUAUAGGUUUUCAAUAAGCUGGUCUAGGAUUUUUCCAAAUGGAAGUGGGCAAAUCAAUCAAGCAGGAGUGGAUCAUUAUAACAAACUCAUUGAUGCCUUACUCGCUAAAGGAAUUGAACCAUAUGUGACCCUUUACCAUUGGGACCUUCCUCAAGCCUUAGAUGACAAAUACAGAGGAUGGCUAGACCGUCAGAUCAUCAAAGACUAUGCGAUUUUCGCUGAGACAUGCUUUGAGAAAUUCGGAGACAGAGUGAAGCAUUGGACCACAUUCAAUGAGCCACACACAUUCUCCAUACAAGGAUAUGAUGUUGGUUUGCAGGCACCAGGGCGGUGUUCUAUCAUUCUCCACCUCUUCUGCAGGGCUGGAAACUCCGCCACUGAGCCUUACAUAGUUGCUCAUAACGUUCUCUUGUCUCAUGCAACUGUUGUUGAUAUUUAUAGGAAAAAGUACAAGUCUAAACAGAAGGGCUCCAUUGGGAUAUCUCUAGAUGUUAUGUGGUAUGAACCGGCAUCAAAUUCCACAGCAGACGUUGAAGCCACUCAAAGAGCCCAAGAUUUUCAGCUUGGCUGGUUCCUCGACCCAUUGAUUUUUGGAGAUUAUCCAAGGUCAAUGAGAGAGAGAGCAGGAAACCGGCUGCCAAUAUUUUCAAAAUUUGAGGCUUCACUAGUCAAAGGGUCAUUGGAUUUUGUGGGCAUUAAUCAUUACACUACUUAUUACGGUUCGAAAAGUUCAGUUGCCAAAAUACUUAACGACACCCUCGCGGACUCUGGCGCACUAACCGUUCCAUUCAAAGGUUUUAAUGCUAUUGGAAACAGGGCAAACUCUAUAUGGUUGUACAUAGUACCUGAAGGCAUGAGAAAAUUAAUGAUCUAUAUCAAACAAAAGUACGGAAAUCCUACAGUCAUUAUUACUGAAAAUGGAAUGGACGACCCAAAUGACUCGACGAUUCCCAUUAAACAAGCUUUAAAGGAUGAUAAAAGGAUCAAGUACCAUAAUGACUAUUUAACAAAUUUGCUAGCUGCUAUCAAAGAGGAUGGAUGCAAUGUAAAAGGGUAUUUUGUUUGGUCUUUGUUGGAUAAUUGGGAAUGGAGUGCUGGAUACACAUCAAGGUUUGGCCUAUUUUUUGUUGAUUACAAAGACAAGCUCAAGAGAUACCCAAAGAAUUCUGUCCAAUGGUUUACCAACUUUUUAAAUUAAUUUAUGCUACUAUUAUGUCGAUUGUACAAGAGUUUCUCAGUUUAUAGAUGUGCAACUGUUUCUUUUCAGAAAAGAAAAAAAAUAAAGGGAAUUUAUAAAAAAAAAAAUUAAAUGCUUAUGUAGA